UUCUUUUUUUUCCUCUGAGUCUAGAGGAAGCAGAGUGGGAGGGAGGGGUUUAAACAAAGGCCCUCUCCACAUAAAAAAUGGAGGCUUGUGCAGGGAAGCCAUGGUGUCCUGCUCCUAACACUCCACAGGGCUGACAAUUUCACUCUUUUAACCCUCCACUGAGAGAGCUGCCACCAGAUUCUCCUCCUGGAAGCUUCAGAACACUAUCACAAAGGGUUUAGCUGCCCCUGCCUGCACUGAACAAAGAUAAUUACUCAGGAAACAUUUCGGCCAAUCAGGCGCGGCCUUGUAUCUCGCCUGCGAGGGAGGCAACCAGUCAGGAUCUGGCUAACAUCUGCGGGGCCUGAUCGCCUUGCCUGAAGAGCGGAGCCUUCCCCGGCUGAGGGCUGAGAGUGUCCUCCAUGUUUUAUAAGUGUUGACAUAACACUGUGUCAGGCAGCCAUGCAUCCACAGAGUCUGGCUGAGGAGGAGAUAAAGAAAGAGCCGGAUGUGGUAGAGGGGAUGGACGCUUCUCUGCGAUCGAAAGCCCCUGAUGCACCAGGUUCAGCAGAACGAUCAGCAGCACCACAGAAGCGAAAGGUGUCAAGUCCCACCCAUUCCUCCAAUGGACACUCCCCCUCAGACACCUCCCCCAGCCCCCUUAAGAAAAAGAAAAAGCCAGGGGCCGUGAACUGUAACAACAAAGACCAGUCAGAGCUAAGACAUGGUCCCUUUUACUAUAUGAAGCAGCCAGCACUCACCACAGACCCUGUUGAUGUUGUACCGCAGGACGGCAGGAAUGACUUCUACUGCUGGCUGUGCCACCGCGAGGGUCAGGUGCUCUGCUGUGAGCUCUGCCCCAGGGUGUACCACGCCAAGUGCCUCAAACUACCAGCCGAGCCCGAGGGCGACUGGUUCUGUCCAGAGUGUGAGAAAAUAACAGUUGCUGAGUGCAUUGAAACCCAGAGCAAAGCAAUGACAAUGCUAACAAUAGACCAGCUCUCCUACUUGCUGAAAUUUGCACUCCAAAAAAUCAAACAGCCUGGGACGGAGCCUUUUCAGAAGCCUGUGUCUCUGGAACAGCAUCCGGAUUACGCAGAGUACAUCUUCCACCCCAUGGACCUAAGUACUAUAGAAAAGAAUGUCAAAAAGAAAAUGUAUGGCUGCACUGAGGCUUUUCUUGCUGAUAUAAAAUGGAUCUUACACAACUGCAUCAUCUACAAUGGAGGAAAUCAUAAAUUAACGGCAACUGCAAAAGUCAUUGUCAAGAUCUGUGAACAUGAGAUGAAUGAGAUUGAGGUGUGUCCAGAGUGCUACCUAUCUUCAUGCCAAAAAAGGGACAACUGGUUUUGUGAGCCAUGUAGUCAGCCUCACCCUCUGGUUUGGGCUAAACUGAAGGGUUUUCCUUUUUGGCCAGCAAAAGCACUACGAGAGAAGGAUGGGCAAGUAGAUGCACGCUUCUUCGGGCAACAUGACCGUGCCUGGGUUCCCAUCAACAACUGCUACUUAAUGUCCAAAGAGAUUCCUUUCUCUGUAAAGAAAACAAAGAGUAUUUUCAACAGCGCCAUGCAAGAGAUGGAGGUCUAUGUGGAAAAUAUCCGCAAGAAAUUUGGCAUCUUUAACUACGCACCCUUCCGCACUCCCUACACACCCAACAACCAGCUACAGAUGCUAGUGGAUCCCAACAACCCCAGUGCUGUGAUGGUGAAAACGGAGAAGCCAGACAAGCUCCGCUUUAACUUUGACAUGACUUCUUCUCCCAAGAUGAUCCUCAGCAAGAGUUCCACACCCAGUGGGAUGAGUCGUCGGGCCUCAAUGACAGAAAUGCCUCGGUCUCCAAUGAGCACCAACUCCUCGGUUCACACAGGGUCUGAUGGGGAGCAAGAAGCUGAGAAGAUGAGCAGGAACCCUGCCUUACACUACAGCACUGGAGAGGAAUCAAUGGACUGCACUGCAUCUCCUGUGUCAGGGAAGGCUGGUCCAGCUGCCAGUGUGAGCAGCAGUCCAAAGCCCAUAAGCUCGGCACUGGUUCCUAAGCAGGAGAGAACUGCAGGGACAGGAGGCAUUCUCAACCUCAACCUUGAUCGAGUAAAGGCUGAAAUGGACCUGAAGGAGCUAAGUGAGACUGUGCAGCAACAGCAGCAGCAACAACAAGCAACCCCAGCUACUGUCACUAUUCCAAAGAAGCCCAUCAGGAGUCUGGACAAGACCAUUGAGAGCUGCAAGGCGCAGCUUGGUAUUAAUGAGAUUUCUGAAGAUGUGUAUAAAGAUGUGGACCACAGUGACUCUGAGGACUCGGAGAAAUCUGACUCCAGCGACAGCGAAUAUCUCAGUGAUGAAGAACACCGGUCAAAGAACUCAAUACAGGAUGAAAAGGAUAAAGCAGAGAGAAAAAGGUCAAAAGCGAACGCAGAGGGAGAGGGUAAGGAGGGGGUUACACCGACGGGGGAUAAAGCCACCGGCCCAGAGCCUUUGCUCAAAGACAAACUGGGCUGCAACGGCCCAGACAGGGAUCUGCAGGACAGGCCCAGGACACCUCAGUCUCAACCCGUCACUGAAAAGCCUAAACCGUCCGAGGAGGCCAAAACAGCUGCUCCAUCAGCUGAACAGGACUCUGAUUCUGAGAGAGAGCUUGUCAUUGAUCUGGGGGACGAACAUGGAGGACGGGACUCAAAAAGGCAGAGAAGAGAGCCGAGCUCCUCCGCUGCCAAAACUGUCAAAGAGUCCAAUGCUGCAAAGGCGGAAGGUAAGCUGCCUGCAUCUGCUGCAUCAGGUACACCGACACGAGAUGCCGCUUCCAACCCGAAAGACUCCUUGCAACCUGCUAUCACAGCAGCACUCAACCUUGUUUCCAAUGCAGCAUCUGGUCAGCCGAGUGCCUCUACAACCACCAGUGGAUCUACAAGUGCUCCUCCUCCUGGCUCCACGACAUCCACAACACCCACAACUGUAAAAAAACAGCGUCCGCUACUGCCUAAAGAGACGGCUCAGGCUGUGCAGCGGGCAGUUGUGUGGAGUCCCACUAAGUUUCAGACAUCAUCACAGAAAUGGCACUUGCAAAAGGUUCAAAGGCAGCAGCAGGAUGAGCAAUCGGCUGCCCAGACGCCGGGUCAGAGUCAGGCGCAGACACGCAGCCAGCAGCUGCAGUCACAGCAGAACUCCUCCAGCACUCGCUAUCAGACCAGACAAGCAGCUAAAGUGCAACAAAAAGACCCAGCACAGAGUGUGUCCACAUCAACAACAGGACAGGUCACACCUGCUGCCUCAUCUUUGGUGUCAGCAGACUUGCAGAUCCCUACAGUCUCGGCAGAUGUAGCAGCAGAUAUAGCCAAAUACACAAACAAAAUAAUGGACACAAUAAAGGGGACAAUGACUGAAAUCUACAAUGAUCUUUCUAAAAGUACAUCAGGAAACACAAUUGCAGAGAUUCGACGGCUGAGGAUUGAGAUUGAAAAACUCCAGUGGCUUCAUCAACAGGAGUUAUCAGAGAUGAAGCACAAUCUGGAGCUGACAAUGGCAGAGAUGAGGCAGAGUCUGGAGCAGGAAAGGGAACGUUUGGUGGCUGAGGUGAAAAAGCAGAUGGAGUUGGAAAAGCAGCAGGCGGUGGAUGAGACAAAAAAGAAGCAGUGGUGCGCCAACUGCAGGAAGGAGGCCAUCUUCUACUGCUGCUGGAAUACCAGUUACUGUGAUUACCCAUGCCAGCAAGCACACUGGCCUGAGCACAUGAAGUCCUGCACACAGUCAGCCACAGCAUCUCAGCAGGAGCCAGAGGGGGAGUCCAGCUCAGAGCCGUCGGUCAAACCAUCAGGCCACUCUCCUGCUGUGCAGUCCGUUCCCUCAGCAACAGGCUCAAUAUCGGACAAAAGCAACUCUCCCACAUACACUGACAAAAGCAAGGACAGUUCUGGCGUAACUGUGACCUAACUGAUACACUACAGACACCUCUGUGGAGUGAAUGUGAGACAGGUGGCCUCUAAGAUGGUGCUUCAAGCCCUGCACCUUGAUGACAAAUCACUUUUUUUCUUUCUUUCUUUCUUUCUUUCUUUCUUUCUCUUUCCAUUCCCAUUUGUAUAUCUGCUCACUGGACUGUUUUUGUUUCACUUCUCAUUCUCAGUUUCCACAUCUGUGUUUAAGUCAGUUAACCAUGUGAAAGUAGUCUUGUCUCGAGAUGUAAAAUGUCUUCAUAAUGCGGUUUUGUGUUAUUGCUCCGAUUGUAUCAUCCCAAAGGAUAUCCUCUUCAUUUUCUCUAUCCAAUGCUGCUCUACAGGACUUUGCUGCUGUUUUUAUUUUGUUGAUUGUUCUCCAUAUUGUGAGACAAAACAUUUGAAACAGCCUUCAACAUUGAUGCACAAUAAUUAUGGUGCCAUCACAGAUAUUUUGACUGAGAAGUUCUUUUCUUUGGUUUAAACCACACUUGCUUCAUGUCGAGCAGUGCAGGUUUAAACAAAACAUUUCAGUCCAUCAUGUCUGCUUCAUGUCAGCGGUGGCGUUUUGGUUUCAAAUCAGUUUUGUAUUGUAGUUCUGUGUUGUACAGCCACACAUUUAAAAUAAAAAUUAAAAAAUCAGAUUUAUUAAAAAGACUAAAAAAUUUAAACUGUACAGUUUUUGUAAGAAAAAACUCGAACAAUAUUUAUAGUGUUACAUGUUUUUAUAGUAUGUUUAUGGGAAUCACAUUUCUAUGUGUUUAAGAAAAGUUAUUUGAAAUUAAAUUUCUUCACAUGAAUGUCAGCGCUUAGUGAAGUCUUUGUGUAGGCAGUUACCCAAGGCUGAUGUAAAUCCAAUCAAAAAUGUGUCCAACUGAGUAGACAUAAAUAUAAAUUGCUUUUUCGGCCAUAUAUUUCCUGUGAGCAUGUUUGUGUUGAGCUUUGUCUUGUUACUGUUUACAUAUUGUAAAUAGAAUAAAUGGACUUGUGAAGAAAAA